AUGCUCUUAUCUCUCCAAAACCUGCCGGAAGAGAUUCUGCAUUACAUCCUAUGCCAUUCGCAUCCUCUCUCUGCUGCAGCCCUUCAACAGACCAACAACCGGUUCGGCGAUGUGACAACGAGCGCUCUGCUAUGGCGGCACUAUUGUCAAACGUACUACAAGUCCUGGGACAGAAGGCAUGAAAUACAGAAGAAGUUUGCUGGCUCUGCGCCAUCUGUUGAUUGGAAAGCAUUGUUUGUUGCGAGAUAUCAAAUUGACGGCUCUGUCACCCGACUUCUCGAUAGUAUUCUUGCCAGCCAGACUGGACGCAUCGAAAAGUUUAGAGCUGUCAUUGAAUUUGGAUAUGAUGCAAAGGAUGCGCUGCUUGAAAAUAGUCAAGUUCAGUGGGGUGAUGAUUAUCUUGCAAGAAGAUAUUAUGCCAGCGCCCUAUUAACAUGUCUUCACCGGAGUAUUGCGAUUCCCGAAUGGGUCAAAUUGAGACGCGGCGAGGCCGUCUCAUUCGAAAGAGCAUUGGGUGCCUUCGAUCUCUUUAUCCCAGAGAGCGGGUAUGGUGACUUGGAUGAGAUUGAAAACAGCAUGGCGCAUAUUGUUGCCAGAUUCGUAGCUUCGCACCCCGACUUUGAUUCUUUGAAUCCUCGUGAGAAGGCUUUGAGGCUCGCGUCCUGGUUGCGUGCAAAUGAAUACAUCGGUAUCGAGCCUGGCCGAGAAUACUAUUCUCUGGAACAUAACUUCUUAGGGAUGGCCCUGAAUACUCCAGGACACAACUCUUUGCCACUGAUUUCCGCUGCGAUCUAUUGCCAUGUCGCUCAAAAGUUGGGACUUGAUGCUCAUCCCUGCGGGUUUCCAUUUCAUGUCCAUGUCAUCAUAACACCCCAACCUGGAUUCGAUAUGGACGACCGCCCUGUGCCUGGCACGGAACAAGCUGCUCCAAUGUACCUUGAUCCAUUUAGAGGGGCAAGAGAGACCCUGGUUUCAGAGCUACGGGACCAGUUGAUAUUCCUUGGUGCCUCAGAUUUGGAACAGAGUGAGUUCCUUGGCAAGUCAUUUGCCUCAGAGGUCGUCUUGAGGUGCAGCAAAAACAUUCUGAAUUCCAUACACUCCAUGUCUCGCCAUUCGGAUAUUCAGGCUAGUUCAGUGGAUUUUGUGAGUGCAAAGUAUGCAGCUCUAUGGUCAUCCAUGCUUCUCUCAUCCAAUCUACAGCCAGUGGACCUACGUCACCAGCUACUUUGGUUGAUGGAGCUUUUUGCUACGGACUUUCCUUCCGAUAUAUUCUUAGUGGAGCAGUACAUCGUGCCUCUGUUCAAUGGCCUCUUCGAGCAUGACAUUUUGAAAAACCUCCAUGUCAUGAGAGCCGCGGACGAGGUUCCCAAGCAGAUACGUCGGCGAUCUGACAAAAACAGAAAUAUCCAUUACAAGGUGGGCCAGGUCUUCCAGCACCGUCGUUAUCGUUACAGGGCCAUUAUUACCGGGUGGGACUCUGAAUGUGAUGCUGGGGAACAAUGGAUGAGGCGUAUGGGGAUUGAUCGUCUCGAGGCAGGGCGCCAUCAGAGCUUCUAUCAUGUUUUAGUGGAGGACAGGAGCGUUCGAUAUGUUGCUGAGGAAAAUAUCGAGCUUAUACUGCCUAGUAUCAGCGACCUGCCGCGGAGUCUCACAACAAUUGCAGGAAAGCAUUUUAAGAGGUGGGAUGACACAGCACGAGCUUUUGUGAGUAAUGUGAGAGAUGAGUACCCCGAUGAUUAG